AUGUGGAAAAACGCACUAUAUAGACAGAAAGCUGAUCCAGCUGAGUACAUCUUCGUACUUACUGCAAAUCGAUUGUUUACGGAAAAAGACAAGUACGAUAUAGCAGACAUAAUGUGGGAAGAAUUCGGAGCAGAAGGACUGGCCAUCUGCAACGAAUCUUCUUUUCCAAUGAUUUGGUAUGGCAAAGGGACAGGUGUCUAUGUAGACUGCGGUGAAUUGAUCACUUCUGUUGUCGUCUUCCACAACGGCCGACGUCUUAGUGACAAUGUUCUCAAUUUUGGUGGCCGGGAUGUUACUCUAAAGCUUUUGUCAAGCCUACAGCAAAAUGGAUACGACCAGUUGGACUCACAAAAUCUUCACCAUCUUAAGGAAAUCAAAAAAAUCAAACACGAAUACGGACGUAUAAGCACUGACUAUGAAAAAGAGAUGCAUCUUGCAUAG